UUUUGUGUAGCCUAAGACAUAGUUCCUAUCGCUUAUAGCAUGAAGAAUGUGAUCUCAUAGCCUUGUCAUGAGGACCCUGAUCCAGAUCAUAUGUAUGUCCGAUCACAUCACCAUAUGACCCUAAGACUGAGUCCAGUCAUUCAGCGUGUCAUAAAAGAGAACAGAUGUGAUCGAAGGGUCUUCUUGAAGAUGCCACCUCUCUCAUGUUCCUUCGGUGACAAACCACCUUUCCUCUUGUCCACGAUACGGAGACGACGCUUCUGUUAAACACAAUACGACAGGAAACAAUCCUUCCCCUCCGUUACAGCGGACGUACAGCUCACCAACAACAUGUAUAAUCACCCUGACAACAAAGUCACUGGAGGUGAGGAACCAGCAGCAUCUAUAACUUCCUCUCCGCCCCACUAUUCACCAGACAACGAGCCCAUAUCUGCCUCUUGGUCCUCCGAUGAAGACGAUCUCAAUACCUCACCCAUCCUGAAACCCGGCCUCUCUUCCAGCCCCAACGAUAACGACGACUCCCUAGCAUCCUCUCCACCCCCUUUUCUCUCCUCCUCCAGCCCAAGCCCAAGCCAGAAGAAGGAACGUGUUCCUUCUGGAUUGCCUCCGGAAAACCCCUUCUCUUCCACUUAUAAUGCACCACCACCUCGCCCAGCAAAGGAUAUCAAAUCUUUCCCUUCGCCAGUGGCCACUCCUACUCCUCUGCCUCGCUCAGGGAGAAGUUCAGAGCUGACAUCGGCACGCAUCGCCGCGUACGAGGCACGUACCGCAGAAGCAGCCGCAAGAGUCACCACAGGAACCAUAGUCGUCAACCUAGAAUCGCAAUCACCGCCUCUCAAUCAAGCUACAGAACUAUCCUCUGCCUCACAACCACCUGAUAGUCGCUAUGAAGAUGCAACCCAGCAGUCCCUUGUAUCGCUGUCUGACCCCGUCGAAAAGCUAGACGAGUCAAAGAAGCCACGUACCGCUCGUCAUGCGUCCCUCUCCGCACGACCUACCACCAAGCCCAACCAGCCAAUCCUCGGGGAAGAGAACGACAAAAGGUCAACAUCCGUUUCUCCCGAGGUAUCUUCUUUUGCAGACUUUUACGUUGCUGCGACGGAUAAAUUUCCGGGGUUGUCGGACGAUGGGACGCUGGAGCCGGAUCGCCCACAGGAGGACCAGGUAUCAUCUGGACCCAGUGCAAGACGAAGUGGGAUAGUAUUGAGUGAAUUAGAGGAGGAAGUCAUUCGAGGAAAGGAUAAUGAUCUCGCCAUAGCAGAUGAUGACGAAGAAGAAGAAUGGUGGGAGAUGGAAGACGAGGACGAAAGAAACCCCCGUCUGCAAUCCCUAUCGCACUUCCAGAUCGGAGGUGAGAAUGACAUGACUGCGUUUCCUGUUGGUGCAUUGAGUAGCCGCCAGGGCCAUUCGACCAUUCCAGACUCUAGGUUUUCUUUCGUGUCGGAUGGACCCUCGGUUCUUGACUUGUCCGAUGCGCAGUGGGAGGAGGAUUCGAGGUUGUACUGGGAGGAUGCGUGUGCUGAAUUGAACGAAGUGGCCGACUCGGUUUUGGCCGCUAACGAGGAUGGUAAGUCUAUGUCGCACACUAUUUUAUUGCCCAGCCUCCAAGGCUCAUGGUCAGAUCCUGACACGUGUCUAUAGAUCCAAGGUUCGCUCGCAUCAAUCCUCAAUUCUCUAGGUCGGCGAUUCCACCUAAAGGCGAACACAGUGAGCCGGCCGAAUUCUCUGAUCAAAAGCCCAGUCGAGAGGACGUUCUGCAGGUUUUCCUCUCCGGCUACCCCAAAUACGAAGUAUCC